GUUGAUAAGCUCUUUCUUCCUGUUUGCUUGAGUAAAAAUUGCUUCCACAGUAAAGCUACGGUGACCUGUUGAUGUUGACAAUCUGCUCUUCUUCACAGACAUACAUAUACACAGACACAAAUAUAGUAUAGAUGUGUUUAUACAGAUCAACAGAAGGAACAUUAUUAUAUGGCUAAUACAUCAAUCUCUCAUUUCUUUCCUUUUUGCUGCCCUUUUUUUUUUUCAAUUAAACAAUAUGGUGGAGGGAUUACUAGAAGUGAUAAGAAGUUAAAUCAUGAAACUAGUUUACAAUAAGGCCUAAGUUUGACUUGAAAAGAAAGGGGGUCAAACAACUAAAAUUGAUUAUCUUUGAAAUCACUCAAAAGUUGUUCUGCACUACCAAACAGGUCAAAUCAAAGUAGCUAUAUUAACCCAAUUCUAAUUUUCUCUCUACAAGUUAUAUAAAUUCUAUCACCUAAGCAAAACCCAGACACGCCUCAUCCAUCUCUAUAUAUUACACUACAUUGUACGCUUUUGCAGUAUAUGUGCAGAAAAAGAAGUUCUUCAUAGUGCCAAAGUAAUCAAAAAUCCUUGAGCUUAAUAAAUAUAAGAAAGAAAACAUACAGGGAGGUGAAAAAUGGGAGCUUCUCUUAGUCCACAAAAAGCAUUCUUCGGAGCUUGUCUACUCUCAUUCAUCAGCAUAUGCAGUCUUCUUCCGAACCCAGCACUUGGCAUCACAAGGCAUUACAAGUUUGAUAUCAAAUUGCAAAAUGUGACACGUCUCUGCCACACCAAGAAUCUUGUAUCAGUAAAUGGCAAGUUCCCAGGACCUCGGAUUGUAGCAAGGGAGGGUGAUCGUCUACUUAUUAAAGUUGUUAACCAUGUCCCAAAUAAUAUCUCCAUCCACUGGCAUGGGAUUCGACAGCUUCGGACAGGGUGGGCUGAUGGACCAGCUUAUGUGACUCAAUGCCCCAUACAAACUGGCCAGAGUUAUGUGUAUAACUACACCAUUGUUGGCCAACGGGGCACUCUCUUCUGGCAUGCUCACAUUUCAUGGCUAAGAUCAACUCUCUAUGGUCCCAUAAUUAUCCUUCCCAAGCAUGGUGUUCCUUACCCAUUUACCAAACCUCACAAGGAAGUUCCUAUAAUUUUUGGAGAGUGGUUCAAUGCAGAUCCUGAGGCAAUCAUUAACCAGGCACUCCAAACAGGCGGAGGCCCAAAUGUUUCUGAUGCCUAUACCAUCAAUGGACUACCAGGACCUUUGUACAACUGCUCUGCUAAAGAUACAUUUAAGCUGAAGGUAAAACAUGGCAAGACAUACCUUCUAUGCCUGAUCAAUGCUGCACUUAACGAUGAGCUCUUCUUCAGCAUUGCAAAUCACACGCUAACAGUUGUUGAGCGAUUUUUCUUCACAGUUGGCCUUGGAACUAAUCCUUGCCAACACAACAAUACCUGCCAGGGGCCUAAUGGAACCAAGUUUGCAGCCUCUAUUAACAAUAUCUCGUUUUCAAUGCCAACAACAGCUCUUCUUCAAGCUCACUUCUUUGGACAAUCAAAUGGGGUUUACAGCACUAAGUUUCCUAGCGCUCCCAUUAUUCCUUUUAAUUAUACAGGAACUCCACCCAAUAACACAAUGGUUAGCAAUGGAACAAAGCUGGUGGUGCUCCCUUUCAACACUAGUGUGGAGCUAGUGAUGCAGGACACAAGCAUACUCGGGGCAGAGAGUCACCCACUUCACUUGCAUGGCUUCAAUUUCUUUGUUGUUGGUCAAGGUUUUGGGAAUUUUGAUGCAAAUAAGGAUCCUGCAACCUUCAACCUGGUUGACCCUGUUGAAAGGAACACCGUUGGCGUACCUUCAGGUGGUUGGGUAGCAAUUCGGUUUCUGGCAGACAACCCAGGGGUAUGGUUCAUGCAUUGCCACCUGGAAGUCCACACUAGUUGGGGUCUUAAGAUGGCUUGGGUUGUUUUAGAUGGAAAACUCCCCAACCAGAAGCUACUGCCUCCACCAACUGAUCUUCCCAAGUGUUGAUCACAUGACUCACUUCUUUAUACAAGCUGAUAUUGAUUCUCUGGCAAUUUUUUUUCCCUCAUUUCAAAUUUCCCGAUUUUAUUUUUGGUUCUUUUGUUGUUCCAGAGGAAAAAGAGGGAGGACUCUUUUUUGUAACACCCAGAUUCUUGUAAGGUCAAUACGAAAGGUCUUAAUAAUACUGUCAAAAAAAAUUAACCUAAACAUUACUCUUUGAUGCCUUUCAUC